AUGAAGCCUCAGGCGACACACGCGCCAAGGCUUCGGUGCCAUCUGCCCUGGACAGCUACCAAGUUGAUUCGCGCGCGUCAACUUUCGAACGCCCAGACGCAAUUAUAUCCUUGCGCACUUACCUCUGCUGCGGUGGACACUCGAUCUUCGAGUAGGCCCAAUUCAGUCCCCGCCUCUCAAUACAAUGUCCGCAUAAACCAAACCACGCGUCUCAAGCGGAACGUGGACUUUGCGAUGUCGCUGCGUCCCCUCGGAUCUCAAUGCCUACCCUAUACACAUCUAUUACGCAACGUACCGCCCACGAGAUAUGUUAUAUCGUCGCAACUGAGGCGCUUUCCUCAGCCAUGUAACAACCGUCGCACACAUCACGGAUCCGCGACACCUCCGCAUCAUACUCACCGAGCUUCCUUUUCGCUCGGGAGAUUUCUCAGUGAUCUAUUAAGACCUACACACGCCUUUCCGAGCCAUGAUAAGACACCAUGGACUCAGAAAUGUCGCCAUGGGACUUCAGCGACCAACAGCCUAGAACAUUGCGCGCAUUGCGGCGGAAAGGCCAUUCCCAAGGCCCGAACACUCAUCGACCGCAGCAAUCCCUCCAGCGGCUGGCAUUGCAAGGCCUGCACUCGGAGCGUCCGUCUUCGUGGUCAUCUACCGAACGAGGAGCAGCUGGUAGCAAUGAGUCGGCGCAGACUGAUGCUACAGAGCGGAGAGGCUAGCAAAACAAGUCCGUGCCGACACUGCGGCAGGAUGACUGCUCCCAGAACCAGCCGUAAAUUUGCCAAUCCGGAUGACCCCUCCGCUGGGUUUCAUUGUCGGACCUGCGUUCGACACAAGAGUAUCCACGGCAACCUCCCAACCGAGACAGAUCUUGCAGCAUAUAGAUAUCGGAGUGCGGUUUGGAGUAGGAAACCUCCUACCGGCGACUCAGGAAACGAAGCACCAGACAUCUUGCGGGAAGACCGAGAGACCCCCGGACCAUCCGAGUCCUCUCCACCUCCCGGUCCUACCUCACAGAAGCAAAGCCGCGAUGCACGCCCCUGCAUUCACUGCGGCGACAUGACCACCUCAAAAAGUAAGCGGAAACUUGUCGAGCCUCGCAAUCCGGCCGCUGGAUACUACUGCCAGCCGUGUUCGCGGAGCCUACUUGAAACGGAUGCCUUGCCGAGCUCGGUGCGAAUUGCAGCACUUAGGAAGCUCCGAGCGAAGCGCUCGAGAUCCGGCCCUAGAUCUUUGGAAAGCCCUUGCCGUCACUGUGGAGAUAUGACUCUCCCCAGUAGCAAGCGUCGACUCGUUGAGACAAAAAAUCCAGAGGCUGGAUUUUACUGUCGUGCCUGCGCGGAUUGUCUGCGUGAGACUGGUGUCCUCCCUAGUGAGAUACGCCUCACGGUUCGCAGAGCGCGGGAGGAAGUCAGGUUGAAGAAUCUUGAGGCCAGAUCAUCUGAAAAGUCGCGCUCUUCGGUUCCUACGCAGGGAAAUUCUACACUAGCAGAUAUGCCCACUGGAAAUCCGACGGCUUGA